CUGCAGGAUCCUGUAUUUAAAUGGAAGCUGCCGCUACUGCCCUUUGCUAAGCUGAAGAUGGAGUAAAGCAAGCUGAAGCUGUGGUGAGAAACUCUGCACUAGAUCUUCCGCUAUUCCAGAAAGAGAAUCCGACAAUCUGCUUUACACAAACACAAAGCCCGUUCAAAGGGGGAUAUCUUUGUCUGAAGACUCCAUCGGCACCAAAAUUGUGGAGUCCCUCAACUCAUGGAAUGACUCGAAAGGGUUUGCCUACACACUGAUGGACCUGCCUCUUAGAGCCCCAACAAAGAUGACAGUGAAAGAUGUUCGUGGUGCUUUUCCUACAGUGGACGUCCCAGACCAUGCCCAUUAUACAAUUGGAACAGUCAUUCUUAUCGUGGGGAUCACAGGAACUCUGGGUAACUUCCUGGUCAUCUAUGCUUUCUGCAGGAGUAGGACCCUUCAGAAACCAGCCAACAUAUUCAUCAUCAAUCUAGCUGUUAGUGACUUCCUUAUGUCCAUUACGCAGUCUCCAGUUUUUUUCACCAACAGUCUCCACAAACGUUGGAUUUUUGGUGAGAAAGGCUGUGAGCUGUAUGCCUUCUGCGGAGCUCUUUUUGGCAUUACAUCUAUGAUCACUUUGAUGGUGAUUGCCUUGGACAGAUACUUUGUCAUCACAAAACCUCUGGCUUCUGUUCGAGUGAUGUCUAAGAAGAAGGCCAUUUUAAUCCUGGUAGGCGUCUGGCUGUACUCUUUGGCUUGGAGCCUCCCACCCUUCUUUGGAUGGAGUGCCUAUGUUCCUGAAGGCCUGCUGACUUCCUGUUCUUGGGAUUACAUGACUUUCACACCAUCAGUCCGUGCCUACACAAUGCUGCUUUUCUGCUUUGUUUUCUUCAUUCCUUUGAUUGCUAUCAUAUACAGCUAUGUAUUUAUAUUUGAGGCUAUCAAGAAGGCCAACAAGUCUAUACAGACAUUUGGAUGCAAACAUGGAAACAAAGAGUUCCAGAAACAGUAUCAUAGGAUGAAGAAUGAGUGGAAGUUGGCCAAGAUUGCACUGAUCAUCAUCUUGCUUUAUGUCAUUUCCUGGUCACCAUACUCUGUUGUUGCCCUGGUAGCUUUUGCUGGGUAUUCUCAUGUUCUAACACCCUUCAUGAAUUCAAUACCAGCUGUGAUUGCCAAAGCUUCUGCCAUCCAUAACCCCAUUAUUUACGCCAUCACUCACCCUAAAUAUAGAACAGCCAUUGCAACAUAUGUUCCCUGCCUUGGAUCCCUGCUGAGAGUUUCUCCUAAAGAGUCACGAUCCUUCAGCAGUUAUCCCUCCUCCAGACGAACCACCAUAACCAGCCAGUCUUCUGAAACAAGUGGGCUGCAGAAAGGAAAAAGGAGACUAUCUUCCAUCUCUGACAGUGAAUCAGGCUGUACUGAUACGGAAACUGAUAUCACCAGUAUGACCUCCAGACCUGCUAGCAGCCAAGUUUCCUAUGAAAUGGGCAAAGAUUCAACCCAAACUAGUGACCUAAGAUGCAAACCUAAACUGAAAAGCCACGAUUCUGGGAUUUUUGGGAAGACAGUUGUAGAUGCGGAUGAAAUACCCAUGGAGGAACUGAAUGUCACAGAGUAUUCUGCUACAUCUACCUGCAAAAUGUCUGAAAAAUGCAAUGGGGAGGAAAUUCAGAGAGGUGAGAGCCUGAGCGGUACUGGACUAAGAAAAGGAGAGUCUCGCCAUAGACCAUCCACAUCUCAGAUACCCAGCAUUAUAAUAACAUACAGCAAUGUACAAGGAGUAGAGCUGCCUUCUGGAUACAGCACUGGUUUCCUGUAUCCGAAGAACAAAAGCCACAGGCAGAACAAGAACUCCAACAGCUGA